AGCAAUUCCUUCGCUCAAGGGAUCUCCCGAAGGGAUACCCAGGCCAGCGAUGGUAGGAGAGAUGUGAAGGUCGUGGCAAGCUCGGAAGGUCUCGGCAUGUCGUCGGAUUCUGAGUCAGAGGAUUUGAAGCGGCAUUCCUCGAGCUCACGGACCACCACCCCAGUGGCACGAGCGCGAGUGGUCGCUUCCGACACGGACACGGACAGCGAUGACAGGAGCAGAAGCUGGCGCUUCAUGCGCCCAAGGAACUCAAGCCCAAAGAGCCCAAAGAGCCCUCAACGGCCACCUCGCUGGACACGCCAGGCUGCAUCGGGUGAGGCAAGCAUGGCAGAUGCUGUCCAGGAGCAGAAGGUCUUUGAUCGGCUUUAUGGUGAUUUCUGGCAGAAGCUGCAGGCCAGCAAAAAGGUACCCAAAACACCAAAGAUACCUCUCGGCGAAGUAGAGGUUUUUGGGCGAUUGUACGGAGAUGCCUUGGUGAAGGAGAAGGCGAAAGCUCAGAAGCGGGAGAAAAAAGAGAGGGAGCUGGAGCAGCAGCUAGUGAGAUCGGGGCAGGCGCCGGUGGAACACGUUCAAGCCGUCAGUCAGCGAAUGCAUGACGUGUACAAGCUGAAGCAAAAGCGUGAGGCCCCCCCAGAGUCGCAGCGCGCAAUCACGAAGGGCGGCGAAAUGAGUAAGAAACAGCGGGACACCUUCAUCCAGCACCAAGCUGAUUGGAACGCAAGGAGGGCUGCCAGACUCAAGGCUGAACGCUUGCAGCAGGAAGAGUCCGAGAGCAAGUAUUUGAGGGAGAACAGCGUCCAUCGGGAGGGCUCUUCGCACGGCGAUGUAUGCUCGCGCCUGUACAAGGACAGCAGCCAGCGCUCUUUGCGCUUGAAGAAGUUGCAACACGAGGCAAAGAUUGAAGAGGACAUCAUUGUCGCACAGCCUCUCAAACUGCACAGGCCUGGGACAAACACCAAUGUGUGCGCACGGCUCUACAAUGACUUUCAGGAAAGAGCCCGAAUCCUCGAGCAGAAGAGGAAAGAGCAGGAAGACAUUAUCCGCCUCCGUUCCAGCCCUGGUGCGCGAGAUGCGCAAGACCUUGGCCGGUCUGGGCGAGCAGGCAAACCAAGCCCUCGAAGCCCUCGAAGUCCGUCCGCUUCAGCCCCGUCGCGGACCCCAGGUGCUUCCCGGGCAAACUCGCGAGUGGCCAAGCCCGAGUCUCUUGCUCAAGCCGCUGCGGAGCCGGAAGCCGCUGCUCCCGAGCUUUCAGAGGCUGAGCUCUCGCGCCCUCACUCUCCGACUGCAAGGGCGCGUAGGAUAGCUCCGUGUCCGAUUGGUCCGACAGAGUGCCCCAGGGAGGAGACCAUUCUUGUGGAGGUGGGCGUUGUCUCUGCGCGAGGUUUGCACUUCAACGGUGCAGUGUACUGCCUGGUCGAGGCUGUGGGCAAGCAAGAGCCAAUUCUUUGCACAGAUGCAGCUGCGGGACCUUGUCCUGCCUGGGACGCAUCAUCAACAGCGAAGCUGCGGCCGAGCGACACGCUGCUGUUCACAAUAUUUACCGAGCAGACCCAUCUUGCGCAUGCCACUAUGAAACUGGCAUCCAUGCUGAUGACCUGUGCUUCCGGCUUCGAUGGUGAGCUGCGGCUAGGCGACGGCCACUUGCACGUGACCAUGAAGGCAACGCUCCUCGGGGCAUGGUCUCAGCUUCCGGCCGUGUGCGAGUCAGCCACAGAGCGGCUCCCCGGGGCAACGCCGGAGCAUGAGCAGGAGCAGCGCCAGCAGGCGCAGCACGCGGAGCAGGCGCAGCACGUGCAGCAGGCGCAGCAGGCGCAGCAGGCGCAGCAGGCACAUCAGCCAAAGGCUAGCUCAGUACAGGAGGACGUGCCAAGGCAGCCCGAAGACUUCGAAUACCCGGCGAGGCCCUACCGGACAGUUCUCCAGCAGCAAGUCAAUGACAAAGGCUUUGCAGUGAAGCACGCUGAGACACAAAGCCAGGGAACAGGAACUUUGACGCCACGUUCACCUAGGCCACACAGUGUCUCAGAACGGACACUAGUGCCGGGUGGUCAAACACAGGUGCAAAGCCAAGAGGGAGAACGGAGGUCAACAGUGUAUCCAUCAAAGCCUUACGGAACAGUCUCAGAAAGAGCAUUACCUCAACCAUUCCGACAGGAAAAGAGAGUCUCCACACCACGUGCAGCCAGGCCAUGCACUUCCGAACAUGCACUACCAGGUGUCCAGACAUCCAGGGCACAAUGCCAACAGGGAGGGAGAACGUUGACACCGCGCUCACCUAGGCCAUGCAGAACUGCGUCAGAGCAACUGGUGGGCGAGACUCCCAAGGCGCAACGCCAACUUGGUGAGACUUCGUACCCAUCCAAGCCAUACAGAGCUGCCUCAGAGACUCCAAAGCUUGGGGUUCGAUCGGCACGAAGCCGAGCAGAGAAGCGAGCUUUGACACCCCGUGCGAGGCAGUUUCAAGGCGCUAAGACAAGCAAAGCUAGCAAGGAGACGUCACAUGUUAGCGUGAUGGAGAGCUCACAAGAGACUUUCACACUUGAAAUACCAGUGCCGUCACGCCCGUCACGCUCCGCAGACGGCGUGGCUUCCCAAGGUCUGGAUUGGACAGCCCCGCUACCAUGCAGCUCGUUGAUGGUGAAUGUGGGGCAGCUGCCCAGAUUUGGACGAUCGCGGGGACAUUCGCCCGUUGACGUUGAGCUGUCCAUCUCUGCGCCAGUGCCCAUCACCAUUGCCGAGCGACUGCUGCCAGGACAUCUCAAGUCACCGGGAAAGCGGGGCCCGUCCGAGCCUCCAGGUGUCAGCCCAGGAAUUGCAACGUCCUACGCCUGAUGGCCUCUUGGAACUGGCUAGGCGCUUAACCUGGCUUCGCCAUUUGGGCAGCAAGCUACCAACCAAUCAAAGACACAGAAGGCUCCCCUUUGUUCGACAGCGUCAAACGGGCUAGGAACUCAUCAGCUCCCGCGGGCUUGAGUCAAACGGCUGAAAAGCCACUGCCACUUUUCAUAAGGAGCACUGAAGACAUCAGGUUCAGCUGCACUUUGCCUGCACGUCAGCUCAGCUCGUUUGCAUGACCUGGGGCGUGCAAUGCCUGCGGCCAAAGAACGCCGCAGUAGUUGCAUGUCGCAGACGCAAUGCAUUCAGCUGACGCC